AUGGAUAAUAACACUAAAACUGCUAUCAUUAUUCAUCCUGAUCUUGGUAUUGGUGGAGCUGAACGACUUGUUGUAGAUAUUGCUCUUGCAUUGGAACAUGAAGAUUAUGACGUUAAAUUUUAUACAUCACAUCAUGAUAAAGAACAUUGUUUUCCAGAGACAAAAGGAAGGUUCCAAGUAUUUGUUCAUGGAGAUUUUCUUCCAAUUACAUUAUUUGGAUAUUUUUAUAUUUUCUUUGCUACAAUAAGAGCUCUUUAUUUAUCAAUAAUUGUUGCAUGGAAAACUAAUGCAGACAUUUAUAUUGUUGAUCAAAUUUCAAUUGGAGUUCCAAUAUUAAAACUCUUUAAUAAAAAGGUAUUGUUUUAUUGUCAUCAUCCAGAUAAAUGUCUUUGUAAAGAAGGAGGAUUUAUGAAAAAGAUAUAUAGAAUCCCUUUUGAUUGGUUAGAAGAAAAAUCUAUGGGACUAAGUGAUUCAAUUGUAGUAAAUAGAAAGAAGAAUCAUAAAGUAGCACUUGAAGCAUUAAGUUUAUUAGAAGAUGAUUUAAAAAAUAAUGUUAGAAUUAUUAUUGCUGGUGGUUAUGAUCUUAGAGUAAAAGAAAAUAAAGAUGUCUAUAAUGAAUUAGAACAACUUUCACAUCAAUUACAUAUUGAAGAUCAUGUAUCUUUACUUAAAAAUUUCUCAAAUGAAGAACGUGAAUAUCUUUUUAAAAAAGCUACUGCUGUAUUAUAUACUCCUCCAUUUGAACAUUUCGGUAUUGUUCCAUUAGAAGCAAUGAUUAAAGGAGUACCAGUAAUUGCUUGUAAUAAUGGUGGUCCAUUAGAAACAGUUCAAAAUGAAUUAACAGGACUGCUUUGUGAUGGAAGUAAAGAAGGAUUUGCAGCAUGUAUAUCUCGACUAUGUCAUGAUAACAACUUAAGACAAAAAUUAAAGUUAAAUGCUAAGAAAGCAACUAAAGAAAAGUUUGGGUUUGAAACAUUUACAAAGAAAGUAUCAGAGGUUGUACAUCAAGUCAUAUCAAACUAA